GUAGUCGAACCACCCCUUUUGGACGACAUGUGUCAAAACACGUUUUACCAGACGAAAUUGGGUCGCACGUCGCAGCGUCUACAUUUUGAGCGACCCAAAUACAGACAACGCAGCCGGAAUCUGCGAGAAAACAGGACCCCAGACCUGUCUACGCACUGCAAGGUGAUCCUGCCCACCCCUUCGCACAACAAUGGUAGUGGCCAGAAUAACCAGACACAUGUACCAGCGACUCCAACAGGCCCGUUCAAGGUCAGGAGAGCGGACGGCAGAGAGAGCAGACGUGUUGGUGAACCAGUCGGCGGUCCUCCUGACGCUUCUCGGGAUCACGAUCAGCUCCUUCAGCGUGCACAGGAUGUCUUUCUCAAGACAGAUCAAGAAGUGAGGAUUCCUCAAGUCAUGAACUUUGUUCUACAAGAGGUGAAGCCUUGUCUUCGGGACAUGAGCUCUUUUCUUCGAGACACAAAUUUUCUUCUAGACAUGAACCCUCGUUUUCAAACGUUCAACACAAAAUUCAUGACAUGAACUCUUUUUUUCAAGAGGUGAACUCUCAUUUUCGAGACGUGAACUUUUUUCUUUGAGACAUGAAACUUUAAAAGCACAAACCCUUUUCAAGAUAUGACCCCUUUCGUCAAGACAUGAACCCUUGUUUUCAGACCUGUAACCUUUUCUUCAAGACAUGAACCCUCUUCUUCCAAGACACAAAUUUACUAGUAUUUUCUUCAAGACAUGGACUCACUUCUUUGACCUAAGCCCUCCAAGACAUGAACCCUUUCCUCCAAGACAUGAAGUUUUUCUUCAAGACAGGGCCCACAAGGUCUCCACUCCAGUUCUAAGAAAUGAAAUCUGCAGAAGAAGGACUGAGAUGAUGAUGAGAAUCACAGUGUUGCGUUAUGUUGUACAGUAGGAUAAACAGUUAAGGUGUAUGUUAUUGUAUGUAUGUAUAUAUCAUUAACACACAAUGUAACAUUAUAUAUCAGCUUCACUGCCAGGAUUAGAAGUGCUGAGAGUGAAAAAGGAAAGUUUCAAAAUGAAUAUGAAGAAAAAAUGGAAAGAUUAGAAAGGCCAUGGUGUCAUGUGAUUGGUCAGUCUGUAACCAAUCAGUGGGUAGAAAUCGGGUGUUGGGAAGUGAGGGUGUGAAAGGGGACGGUGGGGAAAUGGGCGAAUGACAGAAUAUGUGCAUGAAAGGUUAGCAGAACGCCCAUACAUAGCCAUAUUGUACUGCAGCGAAAAGUCAGUUACAGUUGCAUUGAAAGAAAAUGUUUGUACAUACACAGGAAAAGUUGCCCUCUACAAAUAUCAACUAUUGAAAACCUGUACAGUAUGUAGUGCUAUUUAUAUUCACGUAAAUGGAAUAAAUGCUGCUAUAUUCUUA